AUGUCUAGUGGAAAUAAACGUAUCAAGGGGAUCAGUGUAUCAAGACCAUUCUAUUAUGGAAGCAUUGCCUAUCCUUUGAAUGGAAAAAAGGCAUCAGAUGCAGAUCAUACUCACAAAUGGACCGUGAUGGUGAAAGGUCUUGAUAAUGAAGACCUUAGCUACUAUAUUAAAAAAGUAGUGUUCAAGCUACACGAAACAUAUCCUAAUCCUCUACGAAGCAUUGAACAACCACCAUUUGAAGUAUCAGAGACAGGUUGGGGAGAAUUCGAAAUCAUGAUCAAGAUCCAUUUCCAAAACGUUGUCAGCGAGAAACCCGUUGUUUUAUAUCAUCAUUUACGACUUCACCCUUACGAAGACGACGUGAAUGGACAGCCAUGGCCAAAAGACAAGCCCGUGAUGAGCUUAUUAUACGACGAAUUGGUUUUCAAUGAGCCAACAGAAUCCUUAUACCAAGUCUUUGCAGACCACAAUGCGUUGAAUGCCAAUUUACCAAACAAAAAGACCAUCAAGGAUCCCUCAUUGCCGUUAUUUAGCACACAGUUGGAGCAAGAAGAAAACGAGCGACUGGAUAACGCAUUGGAUGAAAUCAACUCUCAAAUCGCAACAUUACAGCAAAAGAUAUCAUCACUCGACUGA